UCACAAAGCUUAUAGAUGAAGAAAGUUUCGUCCACUCAAACCCUAAAAAUAUAGUAGAACAAAAAGAGAUGAGAAUAAGAGAAUAAUGAUAAUAAUAAUACUAAGCAAAAGGAAAAGCUCCCUCCUCUAUCUUUCCUUCACCUUCUUCUUUAAUUCUCUUUUUUUUUUUUUCUUUUCUCUUGCUUUCUUGGCUCUGGUAUUCGCUUGGUGUGAUUCUCCACCAUAUUUUCUUUCCUAAAGACCCAUCAACCUUUACAAAAGAAAAAAAAAGAUCAAAAAAGAAGAAAAUAUAACCAUGGUUUUCUCCUCAGCUCCAGUCUAUUUAGAUCCUCCCAACUGGCAGCAGCAACCAAAUCAACAAGGAGGAGCUACCAAUGAAAACCUCCACCUUCCGCCUCUUCCUCUUCCUCCUCCUCCUCAUGUCGGCGAUGGUGGGAUUGGUUCUGUUAGACCUGGUUCGAUGGCUGAUCGAGCCCGGUUAGCAAAGAUACCACUGCCGGAGACAACCCUAAAGUGCCCAAGGUGUGAAUCCACUAACACGAAAUUUUGCUAUUUUAAUAAUUAUAGCCUCACGCAACCUCGACACUUUUGCAAAACAUGUCGGCGAUACUGGACUAGAGGUGGUGCCCUUAGAAAUGUUCCAGUUGGUGGUGGUUGCAGGAGAAACAAGAAAAACAAAAGCCAAAGUAGAUCAAAAUCCCCAGCUUCAAGUGAAAGGCAAAUGGGUUCGUGUUCAAACUCUACAAGUGCAGUUCCCUCUGAGAUUAUUGGUCAUUUUCCUCCACAACCAAGUCAAUUACCUCUCAUGACUUCUUUGCAUAACCUCACUCAAUUUGGUAUUGCAAAUCUUGGCUUAAACUUUGGAGGAAUUCAGGGAAACAUGGGAGCAAAUAGUGGAGCUGGUGGACAGACUGACAUGGGAUUUCAGAUUGGAAGCAAUUCCGGCAUGAGCAGUGCCGUUUUAUCAACCGGAGGAGUGCAACAAUUCCCUUUCUUUGAGCCUACACCCACCGGCUUAUACCCAUUUCAAACAGAAGGUGUUGAAGCAUCUUCUUCCAUGGUUGUUGAUACCCAGCUCCGAUCAAUGACUUCAAGCUCUAGGGUUUCUCAGUUGGCUCCAGUGAAGAUGGAAGAUAACCAUAGGUUGAAUUUAUCAAAACCAUUUCUGGGUAUUUCGGAGAGUAAUCAAUACUGGAGUGGAAAUACAUGGACAGAUUUAUCAGGUCUCAACUCUUCUUCCAGUAGCCAUCUCUUAUAAGAGUUCUCUUAUCUGAUUGAUAAAAGAGAACAAACUUUAUCUAUAUGAAGCACUAGCUCAUUAGCGACCAUUGACCCAAAAUUAAGCUGCAUGCAAGUUUUACUAAACAGCCUUAACUUUGAAGCUCUGAACUUCCCAAAAGUGGCGAAAUUGCAUAAGGUGAUUAAGGAGCUCAUGAUCCACGGAGAUAGAAGCCAGAAAAUGGUAGAUGUCUGUUUCAAGUUUAUUUGUUUUUCUUUUUAAGUUGCGUUUUUGGUAUGUACGUUAUGGCUUGUUUGAGUGUGUGUUUGUAUGAAAAGACAUGAUGAGCUCGUAUCCUGAUAUAACUUAUAUUUUCAUGCAUUAUCA